CAGAAGUAAUUAACAUAUCACCUCCUGCAGAGCAACAACCACCACAUCCAUCUCCGCCGCCCUUGUAUCCAGAGCUGCCUCCAUGGCAUCCAUUGAAUCAAUCUCCAUCGCCUCUACACCCAGAAUUACUGCCAUCGCCUCCACCCUCACCGCCAGAUCACCCAGCUCCGGAAGUGGCCCCAGAAGCCAGACCACCGGCACCUCAUCCAGAGCUGCCUCCAUGGCAUCCAUUGAAUCAAUCUCCAUCGCCUCUACACCCAGAGCUGCCACCGUGGCAUCCAUGGCAUCCAUCUCCAUCACCUCCACAUCCAGAGCUGCCUCCAUGGCAUCCAUGGAACCAACCUCCAACGCCUCUACAUCCAGAGUUACUUCCAUCGCCUCCACCGUCACCGCCAGAUCACCCAGAGCAACCACAGCCUCAUCCUCCAACACCUCUCCAACCAGAAGAAAACAUACCACCAUCACCACAUCCAGAGCUGCCUCCAUGGCACCCAUUGAACCAACCUCCAUCGCCUCUACACCCAGAAUUACUUCCAUCGCCCCCACCGUCACCGCCAGAUCACCCAGCACCUUCCCCUGCACCACAAACGUCACCAGAGCAACAACCACUGCAACCAUCUCCACCACCCCUACAUCCAGAGCUGCCUCCAUGGCAUCCAUGGAAUCAAUCUCCAUCGCCUCUACACCCAGAAUUACUUCCAUCGCCCCCACCGUCACCACCAGAUCACCCAGAGCAACCACAUCCUCAUCCUCCGUCACCUCUCCAACCAGCGCCACUCCAUAAACCAGAUGAAUUACCAGAAAUAGCUCCGUUAGCCCCGGUAUCUGUGACAACUCAUUCAG